AUGUCUGCCGCUGCCUUGCAAAUCCAAACUCUGGAAGAUGAGGAUUCACAAUGGGGUGGUUCUUCAGAAGGUCGUACCUAUAAGGCGAGGGAUCGAGAGUUGAUGGAUCUUCGACUCAAAGCUCAAUACUUCAUGGAUCCGUGCAGGUAUGAACCAAACAUAUUUCGUAGGCGAUAUAGAAUGCAACCUUGGGUCUUUGACAGGAUGAUGCGCGACGUGGCCAACUACGACCCAUAUUUUGUUCAAACAAGAGAUGCUUGUGGGAGGCUAAGCUUAUCCACUGAACAAAAGCUGACAUGCGCCAUGGGAAUGCUCGCGUAUGGCAUCACAGCUGAUUUCUGCGAUGAUUACCUAGAUAUUGCGAAGACCACUACCAUUGAGAUUUUUGAGCACUUCACAAAAGCAAUCAGGAAUGUGUACCAUGAGACUUACCUCCGCCGACCAACACCGGCAGACUUGCGAAGGCUGCUUGACAAAGCUGAAGAACGUGGAUUCCCGGGGAUGGUCGGUAGCCUUGAUUUUAUGCACUGGCAGUGGAAAAAUUGUCCCACCGGAUGGGCAGGGCAGUAUACUAGCUACAGAGGGAAACCGACAAUCAUCUUAGAGGCGGUGGCCUCCUACGAUACUUGGAUUUGGCAUGCCUUCUUCGGACUUCCAAGUAUUAACGUCCUUGGAUGUUUACCGUUGUUCAAUGCCCAAUGCGUUGGUGAAACCCCUGAAGUGAGCUACCAGGUAUGUAAUAGGCAUUAUCGUCAGUGUUAUUACCUAGUUGAUGGCAUAUACCCUAAGUGGGGGUCAUUUGUACAAGCAAUCUGA